AUUUGGGCGGUGCGCAAAGGUCGCCGGGGCCGCCGGGUGCGGAGCGCGCGCGCGGGAGUUUCGAGCGUCGGACGCGGGCAGUCCUCCAGCCAUGAGCCUCUGGGCCGACAAGUACCGGCCCUGCUCGCUGGCGCGGCUGGACUACCACCGGGAGCAGGCGGCCGGGCUGCGCAGCCUGGUACAGUGUGGUGACUUUCCUCAUUUGUUAGUGUAUGGUCCAUCAGGUGCUGGUAAAAAGACAAGAAUUAUGUGUAUUCUACGUGAACUUUAUGGUGUUGGAGUGGAAAAAUUGAGAAUUGAACAUCAGACCAUCACAACUCCAUCUAAAAAGAAAAUUGAAAUUAGCACUAUUGCAAGCAAUUACCACCUUGAAGUUAAUCCCAGUGAUGCUGGAAAUAGUGACCGGGUAGUAAUUCAGGAGAUGUUGAAAACAGUGGCACAAUCACAGCAACUUGAAACAAACUCUCAAAGAGACUUUAAAGUGGUUUUGUUGACAGAGGUUGACAAACUCACCAGAGAUGCUCAACAUGCCUUGCGUAGAACCAUGGAAAAGUAUAUGUCUACCUGCAGAUUGAUCUUGUGUUGCAAUUCUACAUCUAAAGUGAUACCACCUAUUCGUAGUAGGUGUCUGGCAGUUCGUGUGCCUGCUCCCAGCAUUGAGGAAAUUUGCCAUGUUUUAUCUACUGUGUGCAAGAAGGAAGGUCUGACUCUCCCUUCACAGCUGGCUCGUAGACUUGCAGAGAAGUCCUGCCGAAAUCUCAGAAAAGCACUACUCAUGUGUGAAGCCUGCAGAGUGCAACAAUAUCCUUUUACUGAAGAUCAAGAAGUCCCUGAAACCGAUUGGGAGGUGUAUCUGAGGGAGACUGCCAAUGCUAUUGUCAGUCAGCAGACGCCACAAAGGCUCCUUGAAGUUCGUGGCAGACUCUAUGAGCUUUUAACUCAUUGUAUUCCUCCUGAAAUAAUAAUGAAGGGCCUUCUCUCAGAACUUUUACAUAAUUGUGAUGGACAACUGAAAGGAGAAGUGGCCCAGAUGGCAGCUUACUAUGAACAUCGUCUGCAGCUGGGUAGUAAAGCCAUUUAUCACUUGGAAGCAUUUGUGGCCAAAUUUAUGGCACUUUACAAGAAGUUCAUGGAAGAUGGAUUGGAAGGCAUGAUGUUCUGACAUUUAUCAGUAAUUCUUUAUAUGUCUCACUAUCAGCAUUUACAUUCAGUUUAUAUUGCAGGAGCUGUAGGUAAAAUAAACUUUACUUAAUCAUGUCCUUUUUUAAUUCCUCUGUGAACCAUUAAUCAUUACUCUCUGAGUUAAAUAAUUAUUCCUAUGCUAUUGAAGUAUAUUUAACCCUUUGCACUCGCUUGCUUUUUUCUCGAGCUGCUACCGAUGCUAACCAUGUCGAGUCACACUCGACAUCCGAGUGCAAAAGGUUAAAGGACACAACUAGAAAUUUCAGAGUCCAUGAUUUUAUUUUAAAAAUUUGCUAUCCAAGUAUGCAAUGUUGAUCCUCCCAUUUUUCAGUUAAUCUCUCACCUGCUGAAGGAAAUUUGCACAUAGGAAAACAAAGAUUAGCGCUAAUCUUUGGGCUCAGUGUAUAGAGCAUCUGCCUGCAGACUGAAGGAUCUCAGGUUCUAUUCUGGUUAAGGUCACAUAUCUCUGUUGCAAGCUCGAUCCCUGGCCCCCUUUGGGUGUAUGCAGGCAUUAACCAAUCAAUGUGUCUCUCUCACAUUGAUGUUUCUGUGUCUUUUCCCCUCCCUUCCACUCUCUCUAAAGAUCAAUGGGAAAAUAUCCUCAGGUGAGGAUUAACAAAAAUAAAAACAUUAAUAAAUAAAGCAAAUAUUAUUUUCUAUCCUCCAGAUGAGUAUUUUUGGACACAGUUACAUAACAAUUUGGUAAGUCUUCACCUUUAGUCAUAUUUUCCUCAACCAAGAAUUAUAUUUUUGCAGAAAAGAUAAGAAUUAAUUUUUAAACGCAACUAACAUGGGUGUGGAAAAUACUGAGACUGCAAAAUCCAAUCUUUAUUUCAGUGAUUCAGAUUUGGUAUUGGAUUGACUAGUAAGUAAUAAGCAUGUUUUCAUUAAGUGUUUGAGACUUGAAGUAUAUGCAUCAUGUAGUUCUGAAGCAAAGGUAUAUUACUGUAGAAGUUACUUUUUAAACAAGUGUAUAUUGUGUCAUUGGUCUUGUCCUUUGGAACCUUUUUUUGUUUGUUUAUUUCCAAGUAAUUUUAUUCAGAAUUUUGUUUCCUGAAUCAAUAAAUACCAUACAA